UGAGCCACCCAGGCGCCCCCCAUUGAAUUUUUAUAACAACCUUGCAGGUUGGGUAGCUUCAGCCACAUCUUACAGAGGAGGAACUCUGGCUCAGAGAGGCUAAAGAGCUCACCAGUAACCACAUAGCUGGUCGGUGAACCUAGUUAGUUCAUCUGAUCUUGAAGCCAGCACCUUGCAAUUUUGUUUACAGCUGGGCCUCUCUAUUGCACAUUUAUUCCUCUUAUUUCCAUUUCAGAGUGAUAGAUCCUGCCCUUGACCCCAUAGGCUGUGGUCUGUUCUUAUCCCCGGAGUCCAGAAUUCCCACUUUACCUCUCAGGAUGUCUGGGAGGGUCACAGAGCAACAUCCCAGUAUCUUGAUAUUGGAAAGGACUCUCACCCCAUUUCCAAUUUUUACAGAUAAGGAAGCUAAGGCAUCUUUGUGCAGUGCCUGUGAGGAGAGCUUUGUAGGUGUACAUGACAAGCCUAUUUCCCACUGAGUAGCUGUGUGACCUUGGUCAAGGCACUUAGCCUCUCUGACACUCAGCUUCAUUAUUCCUGAGAAGGGAGCAUCUCUGGCCCUCUCUGUUUGGUGCGAUAUCAGAGGUAAAGCACACCACACAGGGCAAACAGUAGGAGCUUAAUAACUGCUGGCUACUGUUCUCAGUACGGAGUAGCCCAGAGACGGUCGUGCAGCAGAGAGAAGGCUUCUCAGCGUGCUAGCGGCUGAGGCAGACCUCUAACACCCCACAGUCCAGGGUGGUUUCCGUUACUUCCUCCUGCCUUCCCAUGCGUGAAAUGGCACAUGGGAAUGUUCCAAGCCCCCGUCCUACCCCGCCAGAGGAGCGGUGGUGUUCCCCCACCAGUAGGCAUUCUGGUCCCGUCUUCUCCCUGGAGCAGCAACGGGACUAUCACGUGACGGGGGACAGGGCAUCACUGAAGUGGGAAGCUGACCCAGGGAGGCCCAAGCCUCACGGGCUGGAAGUGGAGGCUCCAGAGAUUCCCGGGGUUCACAGCAAUUGCCAGGGUCCCUGGCAGCCGGUGAUCAACACCCCACGCUGAAGCCACCUGGGGGAACAGAAGGAGGGUGGCCUGGAGAGUCAAAACCCCUGGAGAACACAAAUCGCCAGUUUUAGCAAAAAUCCCAACUACGGCCUCCUUAACCCGCCCCCCCCCGCCCCCAGUCCCACUGGGGCUGGUGACAGGAAGUGUGUCAUGCCAAGAACUGGCUGCGCCCAUCCCGAGGGUGCGGGACCACAGGGAGAAGGCUCCACACUAAAGCCCUUAGUCGUCCUUCUGCUUCCCCUUUAGAAAGGGUGGUGCCGCACAGGCUCCAUCCCAAGCAAGGUCUUCCUAACACCCAGCCUGUCACCUUUGUAGGGGGGCAGGCCCCUCCCAUUGCCACCUCCCUCCCUCUGCCUCCGCCCAGAGCCCCCUGCCAGGGAGGGCCAGAGAGGCCCGUUUAGAAGGCUCUGCUCUGGCCUUGCUCUGGCCACGGCCUUCCCCACACGACGAAGAAGAGUCUGUAGGUCCAAAUGCACAGGUCCCCCUAGAGCCUGUGACCUCCCUUCUAGCCCACACUCUGGGUACCUGGGACCCUGAAAUUCCCUGUACAAAUGCCCUGAGCCUGUGUCCAGUCUAACGGAUCUGUUCCUUGCAUCCUUUCUCCAGAGAGGAGAUCCUCUGUUGAUGCGCAGAGCCUCAGUCCUAAGGGUGGCCAGUAGGCAGCUAUGUGUUGAGGGGCAUGGAUGAACUUGGCCUUGUGGGCCGGGGAGUCCACAUGCAUGUGCACGGUGGGCAGAGAGGGAUGGAGCUGCGGUGGGCCAGGGGACCGUGGCAGGCUCUCCCUGCCCCUCCACAUUUCAGCAUGAGACCCCAAGGAGUCCAAGAAUUCAAAACUCAAACCUGGCCUUCCAGGCUGUGAUGAAAAGUAUAUUUGUCAGGACGGGAACAUACAACAUAUGUUACUGAGUGUAGGAAUAUGAUUUAUAAAUCCUGGAAAUUUAGCCGUCUAGUGUGCGGCCCUCUACUUGUGCUCCUGACCCAGCCCCGCCCAUGCUGGGGGCAGGAGAGGCCUUCCCGAGCCUGGCCCGAGAGGGCAAGGAGGAAAAGCACCCAGCCCACAGCAUCCACACGGGAUUGGGCCCAGACCGGAUCCCGGCCUCAGUCUCCCUGCUCUGGCCCCUGUGCUCCCCCAGAUCGGAUGUGGACAUACUCCUUCUCAGGCGCCUUCCUGUUCUCCAUGGGCUUCCUCGUCGCCGGGCUCUGCUACCUGAGCUACAGAUACGUCACCAAGCCGCCUCCGCCUCCCAACUCCCUGAAUGUCCAGCGAGUACUGACCUUCCAGCCUCUGAGGUUCAUCCAGGAGCACGUGCUGAUCCCUGUCUUUGACCUGAGCAGCCCCAGCAGUCUGGCCCAGCCCGUCCAGUACUCCCAAGUCAGGGUCUCCGGGCCCAGGGAGCCCCCGGAAGCCCCACCACUGCACAGCCUGUCUGAGAUCGCCUAUCUCGGGCAGCCAGACAUCUCCAUCCUCCGGCCCUCUGGAGUGCCACCUCACCAGACGCUCUCCCCACUGUCCUACGCACCCCAGGCUGCCCCCGAAGUCAGGCGCCCCUCCUAUGCACCUCAAGUAACCCCCGAAGCUAAACCUCCAUUCUACACUGCACAGGCCAUGUCUGAGGUCCAGCCUUCCUCCUAUACCCCUCAGACCACUCCAGACUGCUGGCCUUCCUAUGGGACCUGUGGGGAAGGCUCUGGCAGAGACUCCCCACCUGUGACACUCUCGAGUCCCAAACACCUCAGGACUAAAGGUCAGCUCCAGAAAAAGGCACCAGCUGGAACCUAUAUCCCAGAUGGCCUUUCUCUGCAAGGGGUGACCUCCUUGGAUAUGGAGGACCCCCAAGAAGCAAAUUUCUUCCAGCAGCAUCUGGGAGUUCACACGGACAGAGUACCUGACCCCAGUGUGCUACACAGAGGGGAACCAGGGACACCAUCGUGCCUAAAGGAUCAGCUCCCCCUACUCUCUUCUGUCCAGAUCGAGGGCCACCCGGUAUCCCUCCCUUUGCACACUCCUUCCCUCUCAUGUUCCCCCACAGACCAGGAACCAAGUCCCUGGGGCCUGUUGGAGUCCCUCGUGUGUCCCAGGGACGAGGGUCCCAUGUCUGAGAUGGAGGCCCUGAGCCCAGCCUCUCAGGCCUCAGACCUGGAGCAGGCCACAGAACUGGAUUCUCUCUUCAGAGGCCUGGCCCUGACCGUGCAGUGGGAGGCCUGAGCAGAGAACAGGGCAAGCCUGGGGCUUCCUCCUCAUCCCCACCCAAGCUCACAUCGUUGGCCAUCGCUCCCACAUCUGGGGGGGGCGGUGAAGAACUCCCCGCCUCAGGGGAGUUCCCUUGAAAGAACCAAAGGAAAGAGGGACUGGGGGCCCCUGCCACGGCUGAGCUAUGGUUGGAGCAAAACGGCAUGAUGAGGACUCCAGCCAGAGGAGUUCCGGGUGUGCGUCAUGUGCAAAUGAGCUCUGCGGGGCAGGAGGGGAUAGUCAAGUGCCGGGAGUUAAUGCAGGGAGACUUCACGGAAUCCAGCUCCCCCAGCUUCUGAGAUGCUGGACACAAAGUUCUCCACCCCACUCCUGGCCAGUUUCAUGAUCUAGUUCGACAGAGAGUGAGGUCUCUACCUCCUCUGUGGUUCCCAUAUCCUGAGAAAUGGAGCCUGGAAAGGACGCCUUACAGCAGCCUGGGCCAAACCAGAACAACCUGCACUUCUGCCAAGGUCAGAGGUAGCGCGACGGCAAGACUCCAGAGAGGGGUGUGGCCUGGGGCUCAAGUCCACCCAAGCCGCUGUCAGAAAUCACACCAUCUCAACGUCUCUCCUCUGCUAGAGGCUUGACCGCGGGUGAAACGCAGGUCCUCCCGUGAGGGAGAACACACAAGCCUUUUCUGCCAGCAGAAGCUGCAGACCCUCUCCUGAGAGCGGGGUUCCUAAGGAACGGGGGUCCAUGUGGCCCACAAGAAAGAGCACGCGCUUCACAACUUUGAAAACUCAGCCUUGGGCUCAGCUCAUCUGGGUUGAAAUUUCUGCCUUACCACUUACCAGCUGUAUGACGUCAAGCAAAUGAGCCACUGCUCAAAACAUCAGUUUCUUCAUCUGUAAAAUGGGGAUUGUAACACGGACUCCACGGGGUUGUGGUGAGGAUGACAUGAAUAGUAUCUAUAAAGUACUUAGUAGUGCCUGGCACAUGGGCAGUGCCCAGUCAAUGGUAGCUA